AUGGUGUCGCAUCUGCAACUCUGUCAGCGCGCAUUGGUGUCCGCCCUUCUAGCGGUGGCAGCCGUCCUGAAUGUGGAGCCAAGCGUUAGCAGAGAUUCAGACCCACCAUGCCUGCGUGCAGCGUAUGGCACAGUUCUACGCAAAGCACGGGGCCGCACCGAUGGUGAGGCUUUGACAAGGCUACGUGCUGCAAAGGUCGCGUGGGAACAGGCUUUGAACAACAAGGGAUUGGAUUUCCAGAACCAACGCAAAGUGGUGAUUCUGCGGGAUGUGCAAGGCUUAUCAUUUGUGGACAUAGCUGCGCAAGUGAAAAAUUUGGCUGGCAAGCAGCCAUCUCCAAGGACUUGCUGUCAGUACUACAAGCAAUUUUCUGUGUCACGUGGCAGGAAAAAAACUGCUUACAACAAUUGUGGCCGUCGGCCUUGGAAGCUGACAACAGCCACGCAAGGAUUUGUGUUGCGCUCCUUGCGGAGGAUGAGGAAGCAAGGGAUGUGCACCACAAAGUCUUUGCAAGCUGAGCUGGCCCGGGCCCGUGGUGUAGCAGUUGAUCAAAGUACAAUCCGCAAGUUCUUGCAGGCACAAGGCUACAGAUGGCUACCUCGAGGGCAAAAGCGCAAGUACACUCCCCAGCAAAUGAGCGAGAGGAAGGCAUUUGCCGAAGCUGUCGUGGCACUCGGGCCGUGUCGGCUGCGGCAGAAGUUGUCUUUCUCCAUGGAUGGCUGCGUCCUAACCAUGCCUCCCAAAAAUCUGACUGACAGGCUUAACUACCUUCACUCCGGCCAAACCCACAUGUGGCGAUUGAAGUCAGAAAGGCUAGAGCCUUCUCUGGCGGGGCAGGAUUGCUUCGCAAAGCAGAGCCCCUUGGAUAGAUGCAUCCCGCUGUGGGGUGGCUUGAGCGAAGGAGGUUUCGCAACAGUAGUCUUCCAUGCAAAGAAGAAGCUCACCAAGGCUGAGUGGAUCCGUGUCUUGCAAGCUGGAAAGGUGGCGUCUGCAAUCAAGAGCCUACGCCCGGUCAAAAAGGAUGGGCCGUGGCAUGUGCUUUGCGAUAAUGAGGCCUUCUUGGUAUCAAGUGAUUGUCGCGCAGCGUACCGGAAGGCCAAAAUACAUUUGUGGAGAAUUCCUGCCAAAUCACCGGAUUUAAAUCCCAUCGAAAGAUUCUGGUCAUACUUGCGCAAGCGGCUGAAUUACUUGGAUCUGCAGGAUGCAUUGAAGAAGAGGCCGUGGAUUGGCAAGUGUGCUUACAAAACCAGAAUCAAGAAUGUGCUGAAGUCCGCGCAUGCACAAAAUGCGGCGAAGCGGAUCGCCAAAGGAAGUUAUUGGGUGGCAAAGCGCGGCGCUUUAGUCAAUUCCUGGAUUCCCUCUGGUCCGGUCCGUGACGCUUUCGCUUCGGCGCGGUGGAAAAAGGAUGGCCCAGUCUCCGGGAGGAUCGGCCCACGCAUCGGUGAUCUGCUGUGGGGUGGCCGCGCACAGCUGCAGGCGCCGCACGACGCCACGGGAGCCUUCUUCCCGCGCCAGAAGUUUGCCUCGCUGGUUUUGCCCUCAGGUGCCGCGUGGGAUGUUGUGGGAGGUGUGGCCAGCGGUGGGCCACUCCUUUUUCUUGGAGGACAGAAAGCACGAGGUGGCUGGUGCUGCAAUGAUAUAUGGCGCUUGACCUUGACAAAGACCUCGUGGCGCGAUGUGAAUUGGAAGCUGAUCUCUGCUCAUGACGAAGGGCACAGCGAUGAUCGCGGGAGGCGCUGGCAUCGCAAGUGGAAGCCGCGGUGCAACCUGGCAGUGGCUUGCGCCUCGGCUCGGCGCGGCUACCUGCUCUAUGUUGCAGGUGGCGAGGAUGCGGCUGGGAACUGCCUCAACGAUCUCUGGGCCUCGCAGGACGGAGGCUUGUCCUGGCGCUGCAUGUCUCAGGCCUCACCCUGGUCCCCGCGCGUUUGCAGCGCGCUGCUGGCGGUCCCUGGGCGCCCGGAGCGGCUGCUGCUCUGUGGCGGGCUGAUGACGGCGGCGGAGGUUUGCCAGGACUUAUGGCUCAGCGAUGAUGCAGGUUUCAGCUGGCAUCGCUUGCCGGAUCCCAGCUGGGCGCACAUCACGGGCCGUUUUCGGGCGCAGCUGGUGCCUCUGGAGGCGGGAAAAGUGGCGGCCGACGAAGAUCAGGCCCUCACUGAGGACGAGCCGAUAGGACUUCUUGGGAUGGUCCUGUUCAACGAGCGUUGGGGGGCUUGGUUGGGGGCUUCUAAGUCUACAGCUCAACUCUACUACGCGGAUACCUUAGCCAGUUCCAAUGCCGAGAUUGCAAAGAUUGUCCAGGAAAGCGCAGACCAGACCGAUCGAAUUCCAUUCUAUGGAACAGAGCCGGAAAACUUCCGCGAAGGUGAACAAGUCAUUGUGAGUUUCCCGGGAGUACAUGGCUAUGGGUGGAAAAAACUGACUCAGGUUUCGUCUUCAAAACACACACCUUUCGCCAGCAGUUGCAUUUUCCUCCCAGAUGAAAAGACGCCGGGCUACGGACUCCAUGACAUCCAACGCGGAAAGCACUGUAGUUGCCACUUUCUUUAUAACAAGGAGAUUGCGAAGUGGGGCUGCCGUUGGUUCAGCCAGUGGAAGGAACAGACUCUCAGAGCACAUGGCAGGCGGUGCAAACUCGUGGUUGUCACCAAAAAAGAUGGCAGUCUUGGGAGGUCGCAAGCAGGAGAAGUGAAGUUCUUGCGGGCCGAAGAGAUUCCUUACGAAUCAAUUACCAUUGAGCAGUUUGCCCGAAGAAUUUUUGAUCGAAGAGACAUGAGGAGGAGGAGGAGCGGGCUCCUUCGGAGUAGCCGCAGAGUCCUUCGGAGUGACUCGGAAGACAAGCUGGUGCAGAUUAUUGCGCAGGAACCGGCAGAAGUGGAGUCAUGCGAGGUGUUCCAGUGCUGCAGUGCUUUGUUUCAGGUUAUGAAGACAGCCUGGAAGUUGACAUUGUGGAGGUCCCAGCACGUGGUCACCUAA